AAUCUACACACGGAUGUUUUUUUUUUGUAGGGCAUUUUAUACGUACUAAGAAUACAUGUAAUUGUAUGUAAUUUUUAUAUUAUGUGAAAGUAACAUAAUCUUACAAUGCAACAGGGAUGUGAUGCAUCCAUCCUCUUGGACAAUACUGCAAAUUUUACGCGUGAAAAGAGCGCCACGCCAAAUGCCAAUUCAGUGAGGGGAUUUGCUGUAAUAGACAUCAUCAAAUCUCAAUUAGAGGACCUAUGCCCUGGUGUCGUCUCCUGUGCUGAUAUAUUAGCAGUCGCUGCUCAUGACUCCAUUGUUGCUCUUGGCGGACCAAGUUGGACUGUUCUUCUGGGAAGAAGAGAUUCAACCACAGCAAGCCUAAGUGCUGUUGAUUCCAACAUCCCCUCCCCAUUCCGAAGUCUUAUUCCCCAGCUCUAUUUCUUCACCAACAAGGGUUUCACAGCUAAGGAAACGAUAACUCUUUUAGGAUCGCACACAAUUGGACAAGCAAGGUGCACGAUGUUCCGAACACGUAUCUACAACGAUACCAACAUUGAUCCCACCUUUGCCACAUCACUACGGCAAAAUUGUCCGACCACCGGGGGGGACAACAACCUUGCUCCUCUAGACACUACAAGUCUAACAUCAUUUGACAAUGCAUACUUUAAGAAUUUGUUGAACGAGAAAGGACUUUUGCUUGUCGAUCAGCAGCUCGUUAAUGAACCCACCAUAUACUCUCAAAUCACUGAAUACAGCAACAACGAGGAAGCCUUCAGGACAGACUUUGCGAAUGCAAUGGUAAAGAUGGGGAGUCUGAGUCCACUCACGGGCUCAAAUGGCCAAAUAAGGAAAAACUGUAGGAGGCUGAACGAACAAAUCAGCCCCUCUACUCGCAAUGUUAUGAAAUGUCAACUCCUCUACUCUUUUUCUUAGCAUCGCGCCCUCUCUACUUACUAAACCCAUGCAAAAGGUGUUAAGUGGAAAAAUUUCACAUCGAGUACAAAAAUAAGAAACUUGUCGGUUAAAUACAAAGAGGGUUACUUCACCUAUAGUCAAUUAGUUUUAAGUUCGAUGCAAACCUUGUGUUGAAUCACAUACAAAAUUUUCAAUAAAAAGCCCCCUUUUGC